UUAAUCUGUAGGAGUGGUGUCGAAAUCAUUUUAUGACAAGUCUGAAUUUUAUAUUCAGUGACAACUUGACUUAUAGUAACAUAAAAUGCAAACAGCUCCAACUUAUUAGGAUUUCAGGGCCAAUCGAUGCCACCGGGUUCUUCUCUAAAAGGUUAACGGACCGAGUUGACGCGCAAUUUAAUGCAAUCACACAUAUUUUUCCAUUAUCCAAAACGAUAACAUUUUCAAAUAAACCCACUUUUCCCGCUGAUUAGAUAUCUAAUAAUCAUUUUUUAAAUUAGUUUAAUCUCUUCCUGACCACUGAGCAUUUCCCGGAUGUCCCGAAGGCCAUGCUUGUAGUCUGGGUGUGGUUUGAUUUAAAUAUUUAAAUCUUAAAAAAUGAAUUUGAUGAUUAAUUAAUUCUUUUUUUAGAUAUUUGUCACUAACAAUUAGACCAUCCUAGAAAACGGUAGCUCCUUUCUCUACAUUGAUAAGAAUGGCACAUUGCCCAAUUUUAUUCGUAACAAUUUUAAUCGUAAGUGUUUCGAGCCAAUCAGAUUGUUUUACGUCAUGGCUAAAGAUUUCCAAUCGCAUCCUGGUUUCCGUGCCCUACGGCAAUUUUCGUCUCAACAUUUACGAGCAGGUGGACAACAACAAGUUGAAGACGGACGACAAAUGUUAUUUCUACUCACCCAUCGCCCAGCUGGACGGCAAAAGUGCAACCACCUCCUUCAACGAAAUGGCCAAUCAGAACGAGAUGCGCUUCCGGAUAGAAAUGUGGAACGACAAAGUCCAGAGUCGAGUGGUGCAAUACUUGGCGGAAUUCUUCCGGCGGCAGGUAACGGCCGAUCGAGUGCGAGUUGUUCCGUUCGAGAAAGUCGCACUGGCCAGCGCGACGGAGCAGACGCUCUACAAAUUGUCCACUGAUUGGCUGCCGUUCCAGCAAUCCAUGUGGUUCAGCAUUUCGUGUUUGAUGCUAAAGGAUUGCCAUCAGCUGGCCAACGACAUGCGGACCCAUCCGGAUCAGUUCGACAAUUUGAAAUUGGUUUACAGUCCGUCGUCGCAGACUUCUCAGACGUUUGGCACGGCACCACUGCACGACAUCCAUUUCGUUCAAGAUUCGGCCCCCACGGCCGAUGACUGGAUUGAACUUACCGCCAAAAAUUCUGAUUUGAAAAAAGAAUUAAACGAAAUGAAAUUGGCGGUUGGAAUUUUGCGAACGGAAUUGAACGAAUUCAAGGGCAGCUUUAACGGAAGUAGAAAUCAAAAUCAAGAUGUUUAUGAAAUAUCCAGACGUUCGACGGAAUCUUUGAUGCGUCUGGCGGAAACGAAAAUCACUGUUGCUGGGGAUUUAAGAAAAGAAGUAGCCGCUGCUUUGCAAAAAUUUGUAGAAACAACCGCCGCUUUAACAAGGGAACUGAACGAAACCAAGGCUACCAUUGUAAAUUUAAGAAAAGAGUUGACAGAAACCAAGAAUAGUUCGAUGGAAAUUACGAGGCGAUUUGCGAAAAUGAUGAGCACCGAGUUAAUCGCUGGCAACGAAUCGAGCGAAAGGCUACCAACAUUUAAUUGCAAUGGCAAAGCGGAUGGCAACUACGGAGAUCCAUCUUCCAAGUGCUCUUCUAAAUUCUACAUUUGUGCUCAUGGAAAUGUCUUCCAGAAGAGCUGCUCAACUGGAACAGUUUACUGGGUGAAAACAUUGCGGUGCGACUGGCCUUAUAACGUCCCUGAAUGCGAACGAAUUUAAUCGUGU